CAGCAGGAACUUGAGGAAGUCGCUCGUAAAUAAACACGAUGAACAUGAUGAAUAUCGCUUACGAAAUUUAAUAUGACAUCCAGUUUCAUUUCUUAUCUUUCAAGAAAUGAGAAAGAAGCAGGGAGAGAGUUCACCCUUCUUAACCCAACAACAACCACUGGCCGAUACAAACACAGCCUGUCUGUUUGAAGUUUUUCAAUUCAUGUGACCUGGCUCUGCUGAUAGGAAAUAUACGAGGGGGCGUUGCCAGCAGUCAUGUGUAUCCUAUACAGUGAAGUUUGUAGACAAUGUUGACAACAUGGCAUCCUUUAGGAGGUCUCUGUUUUCAAGGAAUAGCAGUUAUAAUGUUGAUGUUCGUAUGAAGACAUUCAAGUCCUAUGUUGACAAUCCAGAUGAAGAUGAAAAUGACUUUUGUGUGGGAAAAGUGGAGGAGAUAAAGAAGCGAGCCUCCUCCUUCUUCCAAAAUGAUCUGAAUCCUCAUCUUUUACCAGGGGAGAAAACAGUUACAGAGGCAGACAGCGUGCUGUGCUUUGUUCCAUUCACAGAAAAAAAGCAAGGAAUCUCAGGGAAGCUCUUCAUCACCAACUUCAAGCUCACAUUUCUGACGGGGGAUCGAUCAUCUUAUGACCAGCAAAAUCGUCGGCAAAGGAACAAAUUGAUCGACGAUGGAGACAUUCCACUCACCAACAUUGAAAGCAUCUACCAAGUUGUGUCUGGAGGAAAGAGGAAGAAACUGCUUCCAAAUACCACUGUGUCCACAUUGACGAAGUAUCUAGAAAUUCAUUGCAAGGAUUUUAGGACUCAUGUGUUUGGUUUCAAGUUCACUCCUAAAGACCAAAUAAAAAAGAUAACCAAUGCUGUCAUUCAUUAUGCCUUUCCAAGCAAGUCCUGGCUUCUGUAUGCCUAUGAAUAUGCCAAAAACCUCCAGCCAACAGGAAAUGGGACAGUUAGCAAUACCCCAUUAUAUAAUAACGCUGACGAUUGGGAGAGAGAAUUGAACAGGUGCGGAUGUACUAAGUGGAAUGUUUGUGAUGUCAACAGGGGAUAUUGUGUGUCCCAGAGCAUGCCAGAGAGAUUUGUUCUGCCCAUGAACUUGAUGAGUUACGAUGAACUGAUGAAAGCAGCCUCUCAAUUCAAUGAAAACAGAUUACCUGCCUGGUGUUACACCCACACAAACGGAGCAAGUCUGGUGAGAAUGGCUGAGAUGUAUGCUGAGUCGGAGCUAGCAGAUUAUGUCGGAAACAGCCUGUCGUCUGAGAUGUAUAUUAGGACUUACUGUAACCGUCUUAAAACUGCCAUCCAGCUGGCUGAUGUGAACAAAGGGUACCCCGUGGAAAUGGAUCUAACCAAACUAUGCCCAUCCCUGAAAGAUGUCCAGGCGUCUUAUGAGAGGCUCAAAGAACUUAUAUUUAUUGAUUCUGGAAAGGACUUUGCAGUACAGGACAUCUCUUGGUUCUCAUCUCUUGAGGGAACAAAAUGGCUGACCUGUGUAUCGCAGUGUCUGAAGGUAGCUUGUGAUGCAGCUAAACACCUGGAAAAUCACACGGUCAUUAUCAAAGAACCAGAUAGCCGACACUAUUGUUGUAUGAUAUCAAGUCUGGUGCAGAUUUUACUGGACAGGCAUUUCCGAACCCGGCUGGGAUUCCAGUCCCUCAUACAGAGAGAGUGGGUGGCCAUGGGCUACCCCUUCCAGAGAGAGGGUUGUCUGGUCCAGGAUUCCAGUAAAUCAAACACUGAAUACAUUCCACUUUUCCUGUUGUUUUUGGACUGUGUAUGGCAGUUGACGCAGCAGUACCCUUCGGGAUUUGCUUUCUCAGAGACAUACCUGGUCACACUAUGGGACAGUGUGCACUUGGGAAUUUUUGAGACAUUCCUAUUCGAUUGUUGCCACCAGCGAUCCCGCUACCACAUAGAUGCACGAUGGCAGCAGAGAUUGUUCCUCCCUUCCACGUGGGAUUGGAAUGUGCAAUUUAGUGAUGAUGAUCAGUCAUUCUUCAAUAAUCCUUUGUAUGUAAUGAAAACAAACCCUGAUGUUAAUGAGGCAUUGAAUAAGGCCAAAUACCUCCAAUCUUCUCUUCGUAGUAAAAUUCCCACCCAGGAAUUAUAUUCGUACGAACUUCAAAACCUGGAAGGAUCUAACUUGUGUAUAGAUGGAACAAAAUCACUGAAAGGUUACAGACUGACCCCUUUAACAGGGGCUGCCUGCAUGAAGCUCUGGACUCAGUGUUACCUACGAUGGCAGACUCCGGCUCAGAUCAUCGGGGGAGGAAAUCCGUCGCAAUAUUUACAGCAGUGUGUGAUGGUAGAGGAAAUCCUGUGUCUGCUGCACAAGAUUGAGGCCUUGAAGAAAAACAGUGCCAAGUCGGCCAAUAGUCUGGCCAGGACUAGGAGUGACCUGGUGUUCAGCAUGGCACUGGACACGCCUAGAACGACCGAACUUCUAGCCAACACUUACUUGUCCUCCUCCUUUCCUUUCUCCUCUGUACAGCGGUUGUCCAGAGAGGAGAAAUCUGUGUUCACACCAAUUAGCCUGUUUUUGGAACACAGCACAAUUGAUUAUGAUUACUCCAAUGAUGACGACUGAUAUCUAGAUAUGUUCAUACUGUGUUUUUCCUAAGACUCAACAUUCCGUGUUAUUCCUUGUCUGUACCUCCUUGGACCAAGUUGUGUUUUAAAUUUAGAUUGUUUAUUUCUUUAUAUUGUUAAAUGUUUUUGUUGUUAUUUAUUGAUUUACUACUGCAGCAUAAAAAAGUUAAAGCACUCAUCUAGGCACGUAGAUAAUAUAAUUCACUACCAGAAUCAAACAUAUUUAUUUCUGCAUUGUUUAUCAUAAUUUUUAAUCAAAGCAAGCUUUGUUGAAAAUAAAAUGGAUAUCAAUUUU